AUGGGCUGGUUUGAAGGACCUUCAUCGACCAGCAAAUCAUCCUCAUCAGGAGGCGGAUACUACGUCCGCCGCCGCGGCUCUCCCACUCGUAGCCGCAAAGGCCAUUCAUCAUCCUCCAGCCACAAGGGCUUCUCAACUCAUCAUGCACGACAUUCUGCGCCGUCGAUCUUCAGCUUUGGCCGCUCGACGACCGGACGAUCUGCCAGUCCAUCUGUGUUCUCAUCCUACUCGUCCUCGUCUCGUCGAGCUCGGCCACGAGAAGGGUUCGUGCAGCGAAUGAUCCAUUCCGUCAAGAAGCUCUUGCGGGAUAUCUGGCGAUAUGCACGCCAACACCCUAUCAAGGUGUUUCUGAUGGUGAUCCUGCCGCUCUUGACCAGUGGGGUAUUACCGAAGCUCUUGGCGAUGGUGGGAUUGAGACUUCCGCACGGCGUCGCGAGUGCGCUGGGCGCAUCUAGUGCCGGCCGUGGUUAUGGGGGCAUGGAAGGUGGUUCGAGGGGGGGUUUAUCUGAGAGUUUGAAUGGGCUGCUGAGUCUGGCAAAGAUGUUCGCGUAA